UUUAUUAAUUUUGUUUGCAUCAUCUUCCUAAUAUUAUUGCCUGAAUCUUCUCUCUAUCCCUCUCCUUAUUACAGGUUUAUCUCCGUACAUAUAUACAUAUAAAUAUAUAUAUAUAUGUAUAUCCCCUCCAUCUUUGUUGCAACAGGUUUCUCUUGGAAGCUCGAUCAGAUCACACCUAAUAUAUCACCAUGGUUUUACUUCAACAUUUGGAGCAAGGGAUACGUCCCAUCACACGUUAUUACAAUCCCAUGACGUACUCGAACACGCAUGCAAGCUUACUUCAUGGAUUUCCAUCGACCGCCGCAACCAGCAGCAGCAAACUGUUCUUCAGAAACUCGGCCAUGAAACAGAAAUCAAAGGUCGAGUCCAAAGAAAUCGCUGCCAAGAAACACAGCGACGCCGAGAGGAGAAGACGGCUCCGUAUCAACUGCCAGUUCGCAACUCUUCGCACCAUCCUUCCAAACCUCGCCAAAGACAAGGCUUCGGUCCUCGGAGAGACGGUCAGAUACCUGAACGAGCUGAAAAAGACGGUGAAGGACAUAGAAAUGGCAGCUCCACGGCUGGAAGACGACCUCAAACUGAGCCAAUGCAACAGAGGGCUGGCGAAAGUCGUGUUCAGCUGUUCCGACAGAAAAGGGCUCAUGUCGGAAAUCGCAGAGUCGUUGGCGACGACGAAAGGGAAAGCCGUCAGGGCCGAGAUAAUGACAGUUGGUGGAAGAACCAAGUGUGCACUGUACGUUCAAGGAGUGAACGGAAAUGAAGGAAUGGUUAGGUUAAAAAAGGCACUGAAGCCUAUACUUAAUCGAGAUUUAUCAAAAAAUAAUCGGAUAACGACGUUCCAUCAGUCUUCUUAAUCUUUUUCUCUAAUCACUGACUUGUAUACUUGUAAAUCUCUAAUGUCAUAAUCCAAAUGUUCAAUGAAUAUUACGCAUACAAGUCUA